AUGGCGAUGUCCACUUCCUGGCAUACUAACGUGAAUGGACGGGCGGCCGUCCUCGUCAAGCUUUUGCCGCCGCCAAGGGGUCGCUUUAUACGCUUCGUCCCUCUGGAAUGGACCACUAGCAACGGGCCCGGCCUGCGGGUAGAUGUGUUUGGCUGCUUCUACAAGUCGCAUAUGGCUGACUUUGACGGCCGAAGUGCUCUACUGUACCGCUUCAAGCAGAAAUCUGUGUCUACGGCCAAAGAUGUCAUCUCACUGAGGUUCAAGAGCCGGCAGGCCGAUGGCGUGCUGUUACAUGGUGAAAGCCGGCGUGGCCACUUCAUCACCCUGGAGCUGCGUGACACCAGACUGGCUCUCCACCUAAACCUGGAUGACACUAGCGGGGGUGGGGAGGCAGUGAUGGUGGGCAGUCUUCUGGACGACGAGAAGUGGCACUGGGUGGCAAUGGAGCGCCUCAACAAGCAGGUAAAGGUCAGCGUUGACCACUACACUCAGUCCUUCCAGACCCAAGGCCAUGGGGAGUCGCUGGAGGUGGACUACGAGCUGAGCUUUGGCGGCAUCCCCCUGCCUGGCAAGCCCGGAACAUUCCAAAGGAGGAACUUUGAGGGCUGCAUGGAGAACGUCUACUAUAAUGGUGUCAAUGUCAUCGACCUGGCUAAAAGACGCAAGCCUCAAAUGUACAGCGUGGGAAACGUCUCCUUCUCAUGCACGCGGCCCGAGCGGACGGCGUGCACCUUCAUCAGUUCCAGCAGCAGCUACCUGUGGCUGCCGGCGGCUCCCCACACCAUUGUUGAUCGGAGGUACUUCUCCAUCCGCUUCCAGUUUAGAACAUGGAACACUGACGCACUGCUGCUUGUCACCGGGAUUGGACCAAUGCAUCGGGAGCUGCGACUGCACAUCUCCGACAGUCGACUGCUCCUAGGCAACGCUGCCACAGUAACCAGUAGAAACACUGGAGAACGUGGUCCUCGGGUGAACGACGGACUGUGGCACUGGCUGAGUUUGGACUACAGGGGCCUGCAACUGGUUCUGAGUCUGGACCACCAGCCCAUCGCCACCGUACGACAGCUCCACCCACUGGAGCCCAGUGGAGGCUUCUUCUUCGGGGGCUGCGGGGCAUCAGACUGCCACAGCUGGAGCUCGUCAUUCCAGGGCUGCAUGAGGCUGCUGUCCAUCGAUCGGUGGCCCAUCAAGCUGAGCCUUGUGCAGCAAGGCAUGCUGGGAAACUUCUCGUCUCUGCUAUUUGACGCAUGCCACAUCAGAGACCGGUGUCUUCCUAACAUGUGCGAACAUGGCACCUUGUGCACGCAGACGUGGGACCGCUUUAACUGCAACUGUUCUGGAAGCGGAUACGCAGGAGCCACUUGUCACCACUCCAUCUUUGAGUCGUCCUGUGAGUCGUACAGACUCAGCGGAGGCUCGUCUGGCUUCUACUCAAUUGAUCCUGAUGGCAGCGGCCCACUGGGGCCCACACAGGUGUACUGCAACAUGACAGACGACAAAGUGUGGACCCUGAUCAGUCACAACGUCACGCUUCCUGUCCGAGUAAGCGACUCAUCUAAACACGAGACUCAUGUCAUGAAGUUUGACUCCAGCGCCUCGUCCCAACAACUACGUGCCAUCGUGAUGGCAUCUGAGCAGUGUCGACAGGAAGUGGUCUUCACCAGCAAAAGGUCCCGCCUCCUAAAGGCUGAUGAAAGACACCCAUUGUCCUGGUGGGUGGAUCAGCAUGGGGAAAGGCGAAACUACUGGGGCAGCUCCAGCCACACAUGGUCCAAGGACUCGGGGUUCCUGUCUGGGAAAGAGCAUCUCCCACUCAGUGUACUAGUUGAGGACUCUGAGGCCGUCCACAGUGUGGGCCCUCUGCUUUGCCAUGGAGACAAACGUCUUUGGAACGUGGCGUCCUUUAACCAGGAGGGGGCCUACCUCAGUUUACCUCCCCUGCAACCUGAGCAGGCAUUUGACCUCACCUUCUACUUCAAGACUGACGGUCCUUCUGGUGUCUUUCUGAAUUCUCUGGGCCAGAGAGACUUCAUUCACUUGGAGCUCAGCUCUCCUUCCGUCGUGAUGUUGUCGUUCAGCGCAUCAGUGGUGUUGGUCAAGUCCCACCUCCCCCUAAAUGACAGACAAUGGCACUAUGUGAGGGUGGAGCGUAACGUUAAGGAGACGUUGCUGCAGGUGGACCAACUUCCCGUCGGCGUCCUGGAGGCCACGCCUGAUGCAGCCGCACACCAACGCCUUGGCGGACAGCUUUUCGUAGGGGGGGUACCUUCCGGCCUGCAAGGUUUCUUGGGCUGCAUCAGGUCUCUGACAGUCAAUGGCUUAACCUAUGACCUGCAAGAGAGUGCCAAGAUGGCACCCGGUGUGAGCCCCACAUGUCCCGGUUACUGUGACGGGCCGAGAGUUGUCUGCCACAACCGAGGGCGUUGCUUUGAAAAGAGUGAUGGAUUUGCCUGCGACUGCUCACGCUCGGCGUACGUCGGGCCUCUGUGCAAAGACGAAGUGGCUCUUGCCUUUGAUGAAGAGACAUCGGUAACCUACACCUUUUUGCCAGGCCACCACCAAAAGUCGUCUGUGUCCAAACAUGGUGGGGGCAGGACCAGAGAGGACAUGACCUUUAGCUUUGUCACAAUGCGGAGACCCGCCAUGUUGCUAAGCGUCAAAACAUUCAAGACGUACUACAUGGUUGUCCUACUUGCUGGCAACGGAAGUCUGCACGUGUGGUACAACUUGCAGAGUGACAGGAAGCCCGAGGUCUUUAGCCCCGAAUCCAGCAGCCUGGCGGACGGAAGAUCGCACCAAGUCAGAAUCCUCCGCGAGAGCAACACUGUCUACGUGCAGGUGGACCAGCAAAUAGACAGGAAGUUCACGUUGGUGUCGGAUGCUGAGCCGAUCCCAAUCACGACCAUGACUCUGGGAAAAAUCACAAGUACGUAA